AUGGGCUGUGGACCUUCGCGCGCCACGCAUGUUGAUCCACGCGGGAUCCAGCCCGAGAAGGGCUCGCUCCCCUCACCCCUGCAGGCGUUGGCGGAUGCUGCCGUGGACGUCCACGGGUCGGCAGAGAAGGUCGAAGCGCCUGAGUCGAAGAGCAGCGUAAGAGCAUCCGACACGGGCACGGAAAACCUGUUUCCUGGCGCACCGCCCCCCCAGAACGAAAAAGCUCGGCUGCGGCGGCUCCGUGACCUCGGCGUGCUCGACACGAGACAGGACGACCCUGUUUUUGACGGAAUAGUGAAGUCAAUGGUCGAAAUUUUCCGGGCGAAAGUGAGUUUUGUGUCGAUCGUCGACGAGAACCGGCAGUGGAACAAGGCGUACGUUGGAGUCCCGGUCCCCGAGCACGCGCGAAACUUGUCACUGUGCGCGCACACGCUCCUUGGAGAGCGACCACCUUUCCAGCUAAUUCCCGACUGCACCAAGGAUGAGCGGUUCAAGAACCAUCCUUUUGUCACGGGACCGACGAACUUGCGUUUCUACGCUGGUGCCCCGCUUGUCACCUCGGACAACGUCCGCCUCGGCACACUUUGCGUCAUGGACAUGGAGCCGCGCUAUGACUGGGGCGAACGAGAGGUUCGCUUGUUGAUGAACUUUGCCGAGAUUGCUGUGCGCGAGAUCGAGAGAAGGGAGCUCGAAGCGAUCCGCACAAAAAGACAGGAACUUAGGGAGGUCAUGACUUCCCGCAGCUCCCUGGCGUCUGACAGCACCCGUCUGAAGUUCCAGGGCAGCCUGCCGACCUCCUUGGUGGAGCGUAUGUUGAAGAGCACGGAGUCGGCGCCGGCAUUGAUAUCCAGAAUCGAUGGCUUGAAUCCGGAUCCCGGCCGAACUUGGCGUGCCAUUGAUAGCAUCUCCGAGGCGAUUGCUCUCGUGGAUGCACGCGACGGGAAAUGGACCGUCCUGUACGGCAACCGUUUCUGGGGCCGUAUGAUCUCGGCAGAUGGGGCCGACCUGGGCGUCGGGUCGUCAUUGUGGGACUGGGUGCAGCUGAACCAUGACGCACUUCCGAAAUCGCUUAGAGCCGCGGACGUUUCGCCGUUCGACGCGUUCACGCAUGCGGCUGUCGUCGGGGGUACAUUCUCAGUCGAAGGACAUGUCCAUAGCCAGGGCGUGCUCUGCAGGUUCAAGCCGGCGUGGGAGAGCAUGGAUGUCAAUGCCCUCCUGAGUCAAAUUCCCGAUGAGGCUCUUCUUGCUGGUGAAGUGGAUUCUGCCGAUGGAAAGGCGAGCGGCAUGUAUUUGGUCACCAUCGUUCGGGACCUCGAGGACGGCAUAGAGGUCGCUGCCAAUUCCACACGCGCAGCAGGCAUGUCUAAGGAAACUGCGGAGGUGCCGCCUGGGUGCACCGGGGCGGGAGGGUCACCCCAGGACGAGCGACACAAAGAUCCCAACAGCGACGAAGCUUCGUCGCACCCAGCCGCGUCGCAGCGGGCCGCGAUGGCAGGGGUGCUUCCGUCAAAGCCACCAUUCGUCGACGUUGCCCUAGGUGCCGUGCUGGAAACCUGUACCGACAGCGAAACCUACUCGGCGCUUUGGGACGGUGCUCCGGUUUCCGUCACAAUCCUGCGACACCGUGCUCCGUCGGAGGAUCUUCGCGCUCGCGCCGAGGCUUCGCUCUCCAUCAACAUGCUCCACCCACAUGUUGUGCAAACAUUCAAGUUUGCGCAGCGACGGCGUCCUGGCGGCAGCCGCAUCGCUGCAAGCGCUGAUGGUGGUCAUGAGUCGGGUAGCCCGAGUGUCCCAGACUGGGAAACGUGGACUGUACAGGAGUUGUGCUCCGCUGGAACGCUCUGGGACGUGCACACGUUGUUCUCUUCAGGAGACGAGGGCGGGGGGGACGCCGCUGCGGUUGCAUGGACGAUGCGUGAAAUUGCAAGCGGCAUGGCUUACCUGCACGGCCGCGGGAUCGUGCAUGGCCAGCUAUGCCCAUCAUCAGUUGUGUUUGUCCCAGCGAUGCGUACACCGCGAGGCGUCAAGGCAAAGGUCGGCAGCUUCCGAACGCUGACACAGAAUGUCAUCGAACAGCUGCAGUCUUCAGACGAUGUAUUUUUCCUGGACCAUGAUGUGCUGCGAGGGGCGGCUGCGACACCGAAGGCCGAUGUUUACUCCUUUGGGUGCCUGGCGUACAUGAUGUUGGUUGGCCAGCGGCCUCAUGCCAACGUGUCGCACACCGAGUUCAUCGCUGCACUGGGCGAAGCAGCAGCGGUCUCCCUCGACGAUGCAGCUUUCCAGGCGCCAGCGCCCUUGAUUGAAUUGGUCAACACAUGCCUGCACAGUUCGCCGACCCACCGGCCGAGCUUCCAGAAGAUUGUCGACUCGAUCAUGCACAUUCAGAAAGAUUUGCGCAAGCAGGCACGGGGCGCGAAAGCGCAAUGA